CUGCGGCUGCUUGCAGCAGCACCGCGAGGACACGGCUCGGCUCCGGGGACACGGCCCGGCUUCGGGGCGGGGGGUUUGCCACAGCCACAGCGGGAGCUACCGGGAUAAGGGCGGAUCGCAGCCCCGGCGCCCAGCCGAGCCCCCUCACCCGCGUUCUCCGCCCGCCCGGGCGCGGCUGUGGGGAUGGAGGAGGGACGGCGGCGAGCGCAGCGCUGGGGUUGUGACUCUGGGGAUCCUCGGCUCAGCCUUAGCGCUGAGGUGUGCUGACCAUGCUGCCCACGACACCACGAGUGCUGCCAAUGAUCCCGCCCAUCUCCCAGACCCCUCUGGAGGAGAAGUUUUAGGGUUUGCUGUGCAGAUCUAUGGACCUGGACCCUCAUGCCAGCAUGCAGGUCGGGAUGCGGGUAGUCCGUGGAGUGGACUGGAAGUGGGGCAGCCAGGACAGCGGCGAGGGCAGCGUGGGCACCGUGGUGGAGAUUGGCCGGACGGGCAGCCCCACCACACCAGACAAGACCGUGGUGGUGCAGUGGGAUCAGGGCAACAGAACCAACUAUCGCACAGGCUUCCAGGGGGCUUAUGACCUGCUGCUCUAUGACAACGCCCAGAUAGGUGUCCGUCACCCCAACAUCAUCUGUGACUGCUGCAAGAAGCAUGGGAUCCGAGGCAUGAGGUGGAAAUGCAAAAUGUGCUUUGACUAUGACCUGUGCACCCAGUGCUACAUGAACAACAAACACGACCUGUCGCACUCCUUCGAGCGCUACGAGACUGCUCAUUCCCAGCCGGUCCUAGUGAGCCCUCGACAGAAUCUGACUCGCAUCACAUUAAAAGGGACUUUCCAGGGGGCUAAAGUGGUCCGUGGGCCUGACUGGGAGUGGGGUAACCAGGAUGGGGGUGAGGGUAAGACUGGCCGUGUGGUUGAUAUCCGGGGCUGGGAUGUGGAGACCGGCCGCAGUGUUGCCAGUGUCACCUGGGCAGAUGGAACCACCAACGUCUACAGGGUGGGCCACAAGGGAAAAGUGGACCUCAAAUGUACUGUGGAGGCUUCUGGGGGCUUCUACUACAAGGAGCACCUCCCAAAAUUAGGGAAACCAGCUGAGCUGCAGAGGAAGGAGAGCACAGACAGGCAUCCCUUCCAGCACGGGGACAAAGUGAAGUGCCUGCUGGACAUUGACAUCCUGCGGGAGAUGCAGGAGGGCCAUGGAGGCUGGAAUCCCAAAAUGGCUGAGUUCAUUGGCCAGACAGGGACUGUGCACAGGAUCACAGACAGAGGGGACGUGAGGGUCCAGUUCAACAGUGAGACCCGCUGGACUUUCCAUCCUGGAGCCCUGACCAAGCUCAACACCUUUUGGGUUGGUGAUGUGGUCCGGGUGAUAGAUGAUAUGGAAACAGUGAAGCGGUUCCAACCUGGUCAUGGGGAGUGGACAGAUGAGAUGGCACCUACCCUGGGGCACAUUGGGAAGGUGAUCAAGGUCUAUGGGGAUGGAGAUCUGCGAGUGUCAGUGGGGGGACAGUCCUGGACCUUCAACCCUGCCUGCCUGACAGCCUACCAGAGGGAGGAGGAGGCCAACCUGAUGACCACGGAGAGUGCCAAGGAAUCCAAAAGUACUUUGGUGACUGUCCUGGAGAAGCUGCUGUCACAGAGGACGGAGUCAGAGCACGCAGGGUGCCUGGUCAUUUGUGCAGCCCUCAACAACACAGCCAAAGUCCGGGAGCUCCUUCAGAAAUACCCAGACAAGGUUGAUGCCAAGAACCAGGGCAGGACUGCCCUGCAAAUUGCCUCUUACCAGGGGCACCUGGAGGUGGUGAAGAUGCUGCUGCAGGCACACGCCAAUGUCGACCUGCAGGAUGACGAGGGGGAUACAGCGCUGCACUAUGCAGCCUUUGGAAACCAAGCUGAAGUUGCCCAUGUGCUGCUGGCUAAAGGAGCCAGUGCAGACCUGCUGAACAAUGCCAAGUGCACAGCCCUGUACAUUGCUGUCAGCCAAGGGUUUACAGAGGUGGUGAGGGCCCUUUGUGAGCUCAACUGUGAUGUCAACCUCCCAGAUUCCCAGGGAGACACCCCCCUUCAUUAUGCUAUCACUCUGGAUUACAAAGUCGUGAUUGAUAUUCUCACUGAAGUUCCCAACAUAGAUUUCACUGUCCAGAACUGUCAAGGCUUCAACCUGCUCCACUAUUCUGCCCUGAAAGGCAACAAGCUAGCCAUAAAGAAGAUUCUGGCCAGGGCUCGGCAGCUGGUGGACUCCAAAAAGGAAGACGGAUUCACUGCCCUGCACCUUGCUGCUCUCAAUAACCACAUGGAAGUUGCUGAAAUUCUCAUCAAAGAGGGUCGCUGUGAUGUGAACCUGAAAAACAACCGGAGCCAGAGCCCGCUACACCUGGCUGUGAUCCAGGGCCACAUGGGGAUGGUGCAGCUACUGGUGAGCCAGGGUAGCGAUGUCAAUGCUGAGGAUGAGGAUGGGGACACGGCUAUGCACAUGGCCCUGGAGCGCCAGCAGCUCAUGGCCCUCGCCAUGGAGAAGCGGGAGGGGGAGAUGGGAGCGUCCCUCCUUUCCAAGCUGCAGGCUUCUGGCUUCCUGGGAAAUGUGGAGCUGAAUGUUGGGACUGCCAUUGCCUGCUACUUAGCACAAGAAGGAGCAGAUAUUAAUUAUGCAAAUCACCGGGGAAAGUCUCCUUUGGACCUCAUUACAGAUGGAAGGAUUGUCCAGAUCGUCAAAGACUUCUCACAGAAAUUCAGGGAACAGCAGGUUUCUUCUGAGAGCUCAACCAUCACCUGCAGCCUUCGCCGUGUGCACACCACGCCCAACACCAUGACCAACCUCAGUGUCUCCAGCGUGGCAGUGCCCACAGAGUGCCUGGUCUGCUCAGAGCUGGCCUUGCUCAUCCAUUUCUUCCCAUGCCAGCACAGUAUUGUGUGUGAAGAAUGCUCCAGGAGGAUGAAGAAGUGCAUCAAAUGUCAAGUGACAAUAACCAAAAAACUGAAACAAGACAGCACAGAGGUGGAGUGCAGCCCCAGCUCUGAGUGCACGGAGCAGAGGAAGCUGAUGGAGGAGCUGCAGAGCCGCUACCGGCAGAUGGAGGAGAGGAUCACCUGCCCCAUCUGCAUCGAUGACCAGAUCAAGCUGGUGUUCCAGUGCGGGCACGGCUCAUGCCCAGACUGCAGCACGGCCCUCACAGUGUGCCCCAUCUGCCGCCAGGCCAUCCGUGAGAGGAUCCCCAUCUUUGUCUGAGGAUACUUCGCUGCCCUGCUGGCCCCAGCCCUCCUUUGCUUCCCCUCCCUGCAGGGGCUUGGCUCUCUGGAAGAAGGAGGGAAGUACAGGAGGGAUGUGUCAGGAGGAGUUGGAGUCCCCUCUGGGGGUCUCCCAGGGACGGGACAGCCCCUCCCUCAGUGGGCUGAGGGAGUGUGCUGCUCAUCCACUGCUGCCACCAGACCCACCACACUUCCAGAGCAGAACUGAACAGAUCCCCUGGGAUGUUCCAGGGGCAUCUAGGACUGCUCCAAACUCCUACUCAAUUCCCGAGGAGAUCCUGGGGAUCAGCUCUCCCAGAUGUCAGGGACAGGGAGGUGAUGUCCCCAGACAGCCCCCUCUGAACCCUGGGGCUCAACAACAGCAAACCUGGAUGUCAGGAGGUCCUAAAGACAGAGUGUGUGCCUUAGAGAAAAAGUAGUGAACACUGAUUGGAGAAAAUCUGUUACAACAAAUAUUUCUGACCUCUAAGUGACACUCUUCUUCUUCAUCUUCUUCAUCUUCAUCUUCUUCUUCAUCUUCAUCAUCUUCUUCAUCAUCUUCAUCUUCUUCUU